CGCCUCCUACGUGAACGUGACCGUGUUGUGCCAGAUUUUUUUGUGAGACCGGCGAGAGGUCUAUUUCUUUGAGAGUUGAGGGACAGUUUAUUACAGAAUGGAUAAAACAGUCAGUCUGCCAAACCAACCCAACAAAACCACCACGGUAAGUUUGGUGGAGGCCAGCAGUAACCCAAGUGGAAUGACGCUGGUGAGUCCCUACCAGACUAACCGGGUUGGGGAUCCCAUGAAUCUAGUUGCUCUGGCACAACAAGUACAGAAGGGAGAUGAAUUUAUCAGAGCCAAUGCUUGCAACAAACUGACAGUAAUUGCGGACCAGAUUAGAUACCUUCAGGAGCAAGCAAGAAAGGUUUUGGAAGAUGCCAAGAAAGACGCUGAGCUUCACCACGCCGCCUGCAAUGUCGUGAAGAAGCCAGGAAACAUGUAUUAUCUUUACAUGCGAGAAUCCGGACAGAGAUACUUCUCGAUUCUGUCUCCUCGGGAAUGGGGUCCCAAUUGCCCUCACAAGUUCCUUGGCGGAUACAAACUCCAACACGACAUGUCUUGGACACCACAAGAGGAGGUUGAAAAGCGGGACGCUGAAAUGAGCAUCAUGGACAAACUGUUGAACAGGCAAAUCGCCCUACCAGCCUGCACAGAGCCCAAUUUUGAGGGUAUAUCAGAGUGAAAGAGUAAAGCUCACUCAUGGACUGUCUUAUCUGGAGGCCAACUGGUCUUAAAAGAUGCUUAUUGGUUAUUAAUAUACAGGAUAAAUUGAAUGAAAAUUCAGUUUUGCAGACUUGACUACUGUUACUACUGCUGAACUUGUCAUUCAAUCAUGCAUUUAAUGUCUUUAUGCUCCGAUUUUUCCAUUUUAAAUGCUGCUCUCUCAAAUGUAUCUUAAUUUAAGAACUUCAUCUUUUUGACAUUUGGUUUUCAUUAAAUGGUUCAGUUACAUUGC